UAUAAACAUGUAUAGAUAUAUUUCAUCAUUUACAUAAAAUCAUUUAAUCAUGGAUUAAAUAAAAGUUUUUAUCAAAGACUUUAAAGAUGUUUCAAAGUUAGCAACCUCUAAAUUGAACUCAGAACACAUAAAUCAACUCAAAGAAAUUCAAUAGCUGUCUGAUUAAUGGCAAUUCAACCCAUAAAUGACAGUCAUCAAGAGAGAAUUUGGGUUCCCAACUUUCAAGGAAAGUUUUGCUUUUAUGAGUUCUGUUUCUGAUUUAUCAGAGUAAAUGGAACGUAAGAUAUUUAUUUAUAUCAUAGAUUAUCCAAAAUGGUAUAAUAAAGGAAGUAAAGUUAUUGUUGAAAUUACAACUCCUUAAGUUGGACUAACAUUAAAAGAUAUUUUGUUAGCCUAUACUAUGGACAACAUUUCAGAAGAUAUCCUAAAUGACGACAUUCAAUAUAUCAGUUAAUAAAGUAAAUUGACUUCUCAAUCUACAACUUUACUGAAUUGUUGGAAUAAGAAUUACUCUAGAUAUGAGGAAGAAAUAAUUCCUUAAUUAUAGAGAAAUGUCAAUCAAUUUUGACGAAGAUCAAAUCUGAUUUUGUCAAUUAUAUGUUAUUCAAAUAUUAUAUAUAAAUUUAUCAUCAAC